GCUAAGAAUUGCUUGAUUUUUAGGUGAUAAGGGAUCCCAACCGUCGAAGAAUUCCGGAAGAGCCGUGCGCAACGUCAAUGUCAAGUCCAGCUUCUUUUUCACUUUCUCCACGCUUUACUUGCAUCCGCGUAAAUAUCUCAACAGGAAUUUGGCGUCUAACAAUAUGUGGGGGUCUAUCGCCAACUACGCAGCCAGCCUUAUUUCAAUGGAAAGCAUUAGGCCCACCAAGAAUAAGUCAAAGAAGAAUUUUCACAGAAUAGAACUUGAUUUCAGUAACAAAGGAAUGAAAAUCAUGUGAGCAUAUAUAAGAAGAAUUUUUCCUUGUGCCAAACCACUGGAGCCUCAGCGACCGGACAACAAUCAUCUACCACAAUUAGUACCUUAAACAACAUGAAAUUGGCGUUGAUCUUCUUGUCGGCCCUUGUGGUCAUCUCCCACCAACAAUUUUAUCAGCAACGCCCGGCCAGAGGAAUGCUGUGGUGGUUGCCUUAUUCGCCUCAGCGCCUUCUCAACAGUUACCAGCAACCGCUGUACAACGACCAUCUCCAACAAGAUGAGCUUCCAUUCCAGCGUCAGUUGACGUCACCAACUGGAUCCGUCAACUAUUUGCAGAAUGGAGAAUUAUUGAAUGGCGAAACUGACGAGGGUCAAGAUUACGUCGAAGACGAUGGACAAAAUGAAUAUGCGGACAUCCAAUCCAGGAAUGGAGGAUUCCCAAGAGUCAGCAGUAGUUUUGGCGGCUUCAGUUCCUACCGGCGGCCCUCAUUUUAUAACAUCCGUCCAGAUGGAAAAUUCUUCUUCAAUGUUGGCAACAGCAAUGCAAAUCGCUUGAUAAAAACGGCAACAUUCCAGCUGACGUCAACUUUGACUCUUACCACUAUCACUCGCUGCGUUCCUUCAAUCCAAUUCGCCGUCAGUCCACCACCUUCUUGUCGCCGCAAGAGAAAUGUGAUGGACGAUUCUGAAGACGAUCAGUUUGUCAUCGCUCCAUCGGAAAUUCUCGAGUUGACACCAACAGCUCUACCUGGUCGCCAGGCUCGAGAAACACGCCAAAUUAUAGACCAGACUAAUUCUGAAAGCUUAAUCUCUUCUCAGAAUGAAGUUCCCUCGGUUUCCCAAAUGUCUAAAGCGGAUCAAUUCAUGGCCAAUUUGAGAGAUAAGCGAUUCUUCUUGAACAGGAACAGCUUUUUUACGUCGACAACACUCACCAGUUAUUCCUUUAUUUCGACAAUCAUCACCCAAACUGUUACGCUUGGUCCAGGAACCGCUGCCGUCCCUGCUGUUGUAGGGCCCCCCGCCGUUCCAGCCGUACCAGCCGUGCCAGGCGUUCUUAAAUGUUUACCAGCAGGCUAUUUUGUUUGUUGAUUGAGAUGGACCAACAGAUUCUCAAACUCAAUUUAUUUAAGUUUACUCAUCUUUAUAGCAUAUGCAAUAUGCAUACAUUUACUAUAUUAUCGAAAUAAUGUUGGUUCGCAUGCGGAAGGAUCAUAUUUUAAAAAAUACAUUAUAACUAAAGCAAACGUAAUUGGAUUUUUAGUGUUCGUACAGGUGGCAAAAGGUGGAUUGAUACGGAGGCGGCUAUGUAAUAACAUUACCACUGGUUUUAAUGUCGUUUAUAGGAAAUCUUGAUUGGAAAUAACCUCGGAAAUAACCGUCAAGUCAUGUCGUUUGAAAACGUCCUCAAGCUAAGAACAAAUUAAGAAGUAUGUUUUUACGACAACCAAAUAAUGGUAGCACUUGAAGAAACAUCUCUAUCUAAUGAAAGAUUUAAAAAUGACUAGGAAUGGUGCGAGGUCAAUUGUAUUUUUUUAUUAUUAUCUAUAGCUGCGUUAAGCAUUCGUCAUAAUAGCUAGAAAUGUAGCGAACAGUAUGUUGUUAAUCUAUAUGUCAACCCCUCCCCCAGAGACCUUCAUUAAUAUUAGCACUGCUUAAAAUCCAAAAAUUGAUCAUUGAAAUGACGCAGUAGAAACUUUUCACACAAAAAGUAGCUGCAUCAAAGCGACAGGUGUCCGGAAAAAAUAGGUAUAUAAACAACUCUUACACCUCGGCAUCCAUCGACUUAUCUACAGUGUAACGACCAAGAAGCCAACACGCACUCCUGUUACUAUGAAGUUCGUUUUAAUAUUCCUGUCGGCCUAUGUUGUGGCCAUCUCUCAGCAACAAUUCCAACAACGGCCAAGAAGUCUACUAUGGUGGUCGCCGUAUUACGAACCACUUCCGGUCGAUCGUGAAGAAAACAUACCGUUUUCUCGUCAGUUGGUGAGGCGCCCUUCAAGACCUCCUCCACUUUACUUUUCUCAAAAUGUGGAUUACAAUUCUGACCUGACUGAGUUGAUUAACGAGCCCAAUGAUGUUUUUAACGAUGGCUUUCCGGGCGCCCAGUCCAGGAUAAAAUCGUCAAAUCGUUUCCUGCAGGAUUCGUUUUACAAUAAACAGGCGCAUCCGCGAUUUCUCUACAAUUUUGCCAGCGCUAGCUUCUACAACCCAUUUUUUAAAACGGCGACUUUUACUCUUACUUCCACUAUUACCCUAGCAUCCAUUCAAUCUUGCGUUCCAUCACUCCAAGUGGCAGCUGCGCCAGUUGCUUGUCGCCGCAAGAGAAACAAAAUUCAAGAUUUUGUCGCCGAGUCGUUUUCCAUUGUUCCCUCGGAAACUCUUAAAUUGAUUCCAACAGAACUUGCGUCAACACCGCUUCAAGAAUUAGAACAAAUUUCGUCGUCUAAAGACGAUGAUACUCACAUGGAAAUGUCGACAACUGGUCAACACUUAAGAGAGAAGAGAUUUUUCUUUAUAAACAAAAAUCAAUUUGUAUUUUCAUCUACUCUGACAUCAUAUUUAUUUUCUUCUACAACUGUUUUAAAGACCGUUAAUUUAAUUGCCCCUGCACCAGCUGCUCAAUGUGUAGCUGUAGCUGAAACUGGUAAACAACAGUGUGUUGCCUGUUUGCCGGCAGGCUUCAUCGUGUGCCCUGCAGCUGCGGGUUAAAGUAUAGAAAAAGCCCAAAUUAAAGUUUACUGACAGAUUACUUAUGUGUGCCUUUUCCAAACCCAGCUGUUUAACCAACUAGAAGAUCCAACUAAAGUUUGUUUUGCAGUUGAAUUAUGAAAUUCACAUACGUAGAAUAGGGUGUCACCGGUAUUAUGCUAUUAUUUGUUAUGACAAAAACCUUUUCUGUUUUUAAGGGUUUAUUUACUCCCACGUUUACUAUACGCUAAUUAUUCAAUACAUAUAAGGAAUUCAAUGA